AUAAGUCCUGCUGAUUGUGGUGAUAGUGGUGCUUCUAUCGGAAUUACAAAACGCAGAAAAGUCGAAGUAGCUAAGAAAAUGCAGGGUCAAGUCCCGGGUGCUCAGGCGGCCCAGCCGUCCCCAGUGCCACAGCAGAUCCAGGUUGUGCAGACUCAACCUCAGACGGUGGUUAUACAGCAGCAAGCCCCGCAGCAGGUCGUCCAGGUCCAGGUCCAGCAGCAGCAGGUCGUCCAGAACAGCGUCAAAAUCGAUCAGACCCAACAGUUGUCGUCAGUCGGCCUACUGGAGCUGGCGCACCGCGAAUACCAAGCGGUGGACUACGAAAAUGCCGAACGUCACUGCAUGCAACUGUGGCGUCAGGAGAGCAACAACACCGGUGUCCUGCUGCUCCUGUCGUCGAUUCACUUCCAGUGCCGCCGGUUGGACAAAUCGGCCCAGUUUUCCACACUGGCCAUCAAACAGAAUCCGCUCCUGGCCGAGGCGUACAGCAAUCUGGGAAAUGUGUACAAGGAGCGCGGUCAGCUGCAGGAAGCCCUAGAAAACUACCGCCAUGCCGUUCGGUUGAAGCCGGAUUUCAUCGAUGGGUACAUCAACCUGGCGGCGGCGUUAGUUGCUGCCCGCGACAUGGAACAGGCGGUCCAAGCGUACGUCACGGCACUCCAGUACAAUCCGGACCUCUACUGCGUGCGCAGUGAUUUGGGUAACCUGUUGAAAGCUCUGGGCCGGCUAGACGAGGCCAAG